AUGUCGAGCUUACAGCAAUUCAUCAUGCGCGCGCGACAAGUAACUGACGUGCUAGUAGGGGAAGUACCACAAAGCCCGCUUGGCUUUCUCUUGAAUAGAGUUGAAAAAUAUGCCGAGGAGAAUCCUGAAGAGGCUGCCCUACAGGCAGGUGGAUUGGCUCUCGGUUUCGUGUUGCUGGCUUGGGGGUUGUUUUCUCUCCGGAAGCCGCGCAGGGUUAGAAUUAUCGGCGUUUGA